UUGUUCCAUGCAGGUUCUUGUACCCGUGGAUUCUUCAAUGGAAAGCAGAAGAGAUGAUGCGCUUGAGGCCCCAAAGUCCUUCAACCAUCGCUCUUCUUUCUCAUCCAUCGAAAUUAUCUGAGUUUGGGGGUUGGGAUUCUUUACCUACAAUUCCCAAACAGCUGCUUCGAGGGCAGGCAACAAGUCAUGGAUCAAUUUUUUCUUCAUUUUCAACUUCUUGAACAAUGGCCUUGCUUGAUUUCCUCCUGAUUUUUCACUCAGGGAAGCCUGAUGCCUUUGCGAGGCGGCAUUCCCUCAGAACUGCCACCCUCGCGUCGAUAAUCGCACUCACCGCUAUUUUUUUGGUGUAUCUCUGGAUCAGUGUUCCUCCUGCUCUGGUUGGGGUGGUGUGGGUUGCCUGUGGGAUGACUUUGUUGAGUAGUGUGGGCAUGGCUUUCAUGUGUAAGAGCCACCAGGAGAGUGCUUUGGAUGAAAAGCCCAAACAAGUGGAUGGUGCUUCAUUAGAGAGAGACUCCUUGUCAAUGGAUGAUAUGAACUUGCAAGGCAAUCCAAACCAGGGCAGGAGAAACACUGAUCCACAAAUAUACCAAAACUGCAGCGGUGAGCACGAUUAUGGACCCGAGGGUAGCAGUUCUGAAGGAUUUCCACCUCUUAAAGGCAUCAGGCUUGGCUGAGUGCAAACUGAGGAGGAAAUCAAGCAAGCCCAUGUUCUAGAAGGUGAAAAUGAAGAAGAAAUUGAUCCAUGACUUGUUGCCUGCCCUACAAGCUGCUGUUUGGGCAUUGUAGGCAAAGAAUCCCAACCACCAAACUGAAACCAAAUCAUUGAUGAAGACAUACUUGGACAUCAGCUUUUCCCAAAUCAAUGCUGAAUAGUUACCAUUUAACACAAAAAAAAAGAAGUGGGGACAAAGCUCGAAAAGAUAUACCCAUUUCAUGUUUUUUUUGUCCCCAUUGCCAAGUAUUACAUGAAAAGAUUGAACAGUAAGAGCCACAGUGUCAAUGCUUAAGUUUUUGUAUUUUACAAUCAUAGACAAUGCAUAGACUCGGACUUAUUCUUGUGGUGGUUAUUGAAGUACAACAUCUGUCAAGGUCUUGUGGGUCUGCUGCUCAUUUUGACUCAUCCAGUACAUAGUGUUUGGGGCUGGAAAGGAAUCAGGGGCAUAUUCAGUUCAGAGCUGGUUUACAAAUAAGUAUCGACGAUGUUGGGAAAACAUUGGGGCUUUUAAGCCCCAUCCACCAGAUUUUUUUUAAAAAGAUCAGUCCGGUAUUGCAAACAUCAGACUAAAGGUAAAAUAAAAAAAUAUAGUGGAACCUCAUUGUAGUUUCUGCAUAUUUUGGGACCAAACUGUAAUAAUUGUUUAGGAAAAUGGU